AGAGCCGUCCUGCGGGGAGCCGUCGGGGCAGCUGCAGCCCCGGCCACGUGGCUUGGGGUCCCGCUGAAACAUUCGUGGAAGCCCGUGUUGUGUUGUCCCAGCAAAAGCCCCUCGACGAGGCGGGAGCUCUUUAGGUCGACGCGACCCUCUCCCCUCCCCGUUGCCACCGGCAGACGGAGGGAUCUUUGCUGGCACCCGAUGUCACAAGGCUUGGCAGCCUUUUGCUGGCGCUCUGGUGCUUUUUGCAGAUCUGGCUCCAGCUCCUCCGGCAGGGUUUCUAGUCACCUCUGAGGUGUUGGGUUGUGUCGCUGUGGCGGAGCCGGUGUAGCUCGGCUGCCCUAACCUUGCCAACAGGUGCGUUCGUUGAAUAAGCUGGAAGAAGGGAACAGUUGCAGGGUGCGAUCGGGGAAGAACACUGUGAGCUUCUCUGCCAUCCUGGCAGCAAUCCUGUUAUUCAGGCGUACUUGUUCCACGUGAGUUUAGGGGCAGGUAGAUUUUUAGAUGCUCUUACACCUAGAAGAUGAAGGAGAAAAGGUUUCCUUCCCGAGCUGUGUGGCUUUUUUUUGGUUGAGGUGCUUGAGGGCAGCAAUAAAUCCCUUUUCUUAGGGGAAGGAUCCUUUUGAUCUAGCCCCUGUCCCUCGCCCUGGUCUCUGACUGGAGAUGUGGAGAGCUCUGCCUGAGGCGGGGGGCUGGGAGGACGCUUCACACUUCCCUUCCCCAGCUUUCUCCAGCCUCAACCUCGCUGCUUUCAUGUAACUUUGAGAGAAAUGAGUCCGGCAGAGCUGCCGCCCCGCAGCUUCCAACUGUGUCCCCCGCCCCAAACCGAACCCAGAUCAAGCUGACACCGUGCAGUGCCAGACUGUGACAUCACCUCACCGAAACCUUGUUUUACCAGGGCAUGGUAGUAGCUUAAACUCAAUGAUUGAGAUUCAUCCUCUUCAUAUCACAGCGUCCUAGAACGGUUUGGCUUGGAAGGCGCCUUAAAGAUCCGUUUCCAAGCCCCCUGCCGUGGGCAGCGACACCUUCCACUACACCAGGUUGCUCAUCUCCCAGUUUGCCCAGCUGCAUGCUUACAGGACCUCUUGGUCCAGGCCACCUAAUUAACUAAGCACCGUCCUCCUCGUUAAGGGUAGCAGCAGGCCGAACCAAACCUUGCCCGACUCUCUUAAUACUUCACUUGCAUUUAGAACGACGAUUUGAUGAUUUGUUUUUGAUUAUUUCCCUCUCUCGGGCUGUUUUAGAUAUACCUUUCCUAGAUUCGACUCUGAAAUCCUUCCUGUCGCCGUAGAAUUUCAAGUUAGGAGGUUCUGGUGUUGCUUACACCACCAGAAAAAUGCUCCCCAAAUAUUUUCUGGGUUGUUUGCUGCAUCCAGCUCUCCCCACCCUGACGGCGCAAGUUGCCGCAGACAGGCUUUUCCUGCGGUGGCGAGUGACAGACUGGGAUUUGAUUUUAUAUUUUAUUAUUUUAUUUUAUUUUAUUUUUACUGAGCCGCGGGCUUCCGUUACGAGGGACGCGUUUGCAAUGGGGAAACAUCCCCUCUAGAUGGCAGAAACGACAGCGGGGAAAGCGGAGAAGGGCCCCCGGGGUCCGCCCGAGGUGCAAGGACGCGCACCCGCCCGCUGGUCCCCGGCCCCCCCCCCCCCCCCCCCCCCCCUGCGGCGGGACCCGCAGAGCUGUCACCAGAUGGAAAUUCCCAUCGGCUGCCUUCCCAACCCACCUCCUGCUGACACCCCGAGAGCUGCGUGGUCGCCAGCCCCCAGCCCAGCCUUCGCGUGUCCCGGCGGCAGCGGUGAGUGGUACCCGGGAAGGGGAUGGGGUGAUGCUUCAGCUGUGAGGGGGGCAAAAAAAAAAAAAAAAAAAAAAAUAUAUAUAUAUAAAAUAAUUUAGAUCACCCACAUCCCGUCUUUGGUGGUAACAGGGAAGCCUUUAAUAACCCACUGUAUAUGGGGCGACCUGCUUUUAGCGGCGGUCGCGGCGUCUGGCGGACCGAAGCGCUGGUGGCCGUGGGGACAGCGAUGGGUGGCGGAGGGACCGGGAGCGGGUUGUUGGAGCUGGGCUGGCUGGCGAGCAUGGCUUGUGAGUUGGUUUUUAGCAGCUGUUGGCAGUUUCCCCCCCCCCCUGCACACACACACACACACACACACACACCUCUCCGCGUUGGGUGUUUCGGCGGAGCCACGCUGCGCCUUGAAUCUCAUCGCUGGGCGGGCGCAGGCACCUGUUGAAACCCGUUUCAUUUCUCCGCCCUCAAAAACGAGGCGUCUAUUUUAUUUCGUUGCAAACAUAAAUAAAAUUCUGGAUCUGAUACCGGCUCGGGGCGCAGGCAUCCCCCACAUCCCUGGAGCAGGCAAGGGCCACGCUGAGCAUCGCGGUUGUGGCGGCCACCGAAUUUGGGGUCCCACAACUGCAAAAUGUGGGGGCGGGCUCAGACUGGGGCAACGUGAGGGGACAGGAGUCUCCCUGGAGGGAUUUUUCUGUGAUUUAAAAAUGCUGGUCCUGGGGGAACCACCUAGGAGAUCUUCCAGGCAGGAAGGCGCUGGACAUACCAACCAACAGGUUUGGGGUGAAAAUGGGCAAGAUGAAGGACAAGAGGUUGCUAACGCUGUCAAAUGUGGUUUUAUUUAGUUAUCCCCAAAACCUCAUCACCUGGCCCCAUGGGACUGUGGGGAUGAAUUUCUCCCAGAAUAUGGGGUUUGGUGUUUUCUUUUGUUUUGUUUUGUUUUUUUUUUUUUGGCAUCCCAGUGCUUUUGGAGGCAGCCCUGAUUUUCAAGCUUCCUUCCACGCAAUUGCAAAAAGGCACCGCGGGGCAGAGCCGGCCUGGGAAAUAAUUGGGCGGCCAGCAUAUAAAAUAAGCAACGAGGGGAGGGGAAAAAGAAAAAAAUAAAAAAAAAAGACCUUAUUGCCUUAUUGUAAGCCAGCCGGGACUCCUCGCAUGUAUUUAGGACCUUUUGGAGAGUUCAGUGUGUCAGUGGGGUUAGUGCUGCCUGGCCCCCAGCUUGGGGGGCCACAGGUUAAUAAUUUUUCUGGCAAAACCCACUUUUUUUCCCCGCUGUCUCCAGCGCCUGCUUUUCCAUCGGUUUGCAGCAAAUGUCUUUUAGGAAAUCCUCCGGCAGCCUGGGGAUGGCUUUCCCCAGCUGAGGGAUCCAGCCGUGCUGGAUCGUGGGAUUUCUUGGGUUUUUAGGUGGGUUUCUAUUGGGUCUUACUCCAGGGGAUGUGGUCCUUGCCCGGGGAUGCUGACGCUCUUUUUGCGCUUUCCUCUAGGACAGCGAGGUGACCACCACGUCCCAGCUGCUGCUGCCCCACGCCGAGACACCCACCGACACCAACAACAGGGCUGAGGCCGGUCGUGCUGCGGGGCUUUUCCCCCCUGGAAGGUCUCCGGUUAUGCGCUGAAGACCCGCAGCUCAGGCGCACCUUGGUUUUUUUUUUUUGGUUUUUUUUUUUUCUUUUCCUGGCUGUGAAAGGAAGGUCUACAGCAAGUCAAGCCUGGCUGGAAAGUUUAUUGCUUCCUGUUAUGAGAGCUCGGGGAGCCGCGAUGGGUUUGCGGGGGAGAUGUGGGCACCGCUAACACCAGGUUAUAACUGAGUAGCCCUUAUGACCAACAUGAGCUGGAGCUUUCUCACCCGCCUGCUAGAAGAGAUUCACAAUCACUCCACCUUCGUGGGGAAGGUCUGGCUCACUGUGCUCAUCGUCUUCCGCAUCGUCUUGACGGCGGUGGGGGGGGAGUCCAUCUAUUCCGAUGAGCAGAGCAAGUUCACCUGUAACACCAAGCAGCCUGGCUGCGACAACGUCUGUUACGAUGCCUUUGCGCCGCUGUCACACGUCAGGUUCUGGGUCUUCCAGAUCAUCAUGAUAUCCACCCCUUCGGUCAUGUACCUGGGCUAUGCCAUCCACAGGAUCGCCCGGUCGGCGGAAGAGGAGAAGAAGUUCAAGGGAUUCAAGAAGAAGAAGCAGUUUGCUUUGAACUGGCAGGCAGUGCGCAAUAUGGAGGACCCGAUGGAGGCCGACGAAGAGGAGCCCAUGAUCUCUGAUGACACAGCGGAACGGGAGAAAGCCAAAGCCAAGCCCAAGAGCAAAGAGCAACAAAAGCACGAUGGGAGGCGGCGCAUCCAGCAAGAAGGACUGAUGAAAAUCUACGUCUUCCAGCUACUUACCAGAGCUUCGUUUGAAGUUUGUUUUUUGAUAGGGCAGUAUUUGCUCUACGGUUUUGAGGUAGAAGCCUAUUACGUCUGCAACAGAGUCCCUUGCCCUCACACUGUGGACUGCUUUGUGUCCCGACCAACAGAGAAGACCAUCUUCCUCCUGGUGAUGUAUGUUGUGAGCUGCCUGUGCUUAUUGCUCAACAUGUGCGAGAUGUUUCACCUGGGGUUUGGGACUAUCCGAGAUGCUAUUCGUAACCGGAAAAUCAACAGCUUUAGGCAGCCUCCCUACAACUAUGCCUACCCAAAGAACAUCUCCUGCCCUCCUGAGUACAACUUGGUGGUGAAAUCAGAGAAGUCCACCAAGAUCCCCAACAGCCUGAUGGCUCACGAGCAGAACUUGGCUAACGUCGCUCAGGAGCAGCAGUGCACCAGCCCGGAUGAGAACCUCCCGGCAGACUUGUCCACCCUUCACAAACACUUGCGAGUGGCCCAGGAGCAGUUAGACAUAGCAUUUCAGAGCUACAGCAGCACCCAAGCCAACACGCAACCUUCUCGAACCAGCAGUCCCGCCUCGGGCGGCACAGUGGUAGAGCAGAACAGGGCCAACACCGCCCAGGAGAAACAAGGUGCUAAACCCAAGGCUUGCUUGGAGAAAGGGAGCUCCAGCAGUAAAGAUGGAAAGACGUCUGUAUGGAUAUAGCUUCAUCUAAAAGGAAAGAGGGCAUCAAAAGCGGGGGUUUUUAUUUUGGUUUGUUUCUGUUUUUUCAGCACUGUCUUGCGUUCGUUUCACAGAGAACAAGCGCGAUUUUUAUAUAGAAAUCAGGAGAGAGAAGGAGUUUCAGACCAAUUUAGUGUUGUCUGCCAGUGCAUUAACAAAAGACAUUUCUUCCCUGUUUCCAACACGUUCUCCAGUUGGAAACCUCCGGCGAGGGACAGCAAACCCCUCCCGCGUCUUCCACCCCUUCGGUCACCACGGGAGCCCCCAGCAGAGACUGGACAACGCGCUGUGAUGGGAAGUGGGAGCUGCUGGUGGCUCGGGAGAGAAGUCAGGCCAACAGCAAGCAGCUCCCCUCCUACACGGCAAGGCUAGAGGGCUGCAGGUUGGGCGGUGUUUAAUUACUAAAUAUCUUUCAUCAAAAUUAAUUUCCGAUCCCUUGAUAAGAAAAUAAAACAACCGGCAUAUUGCAUGAACUUUCCUGACAUGCCUACAGCUGAUGUCCUGCCUGAAUUGUUAGAUGCAUCUCUGGAAACGGAGGCAUCGCUCGAUGCUGCGAGCCGUGAGCUGGCACCCACGUCAGGUUACGGGGCAGAAACGCAGUGACUGUCUUACACAGGGAGACCUAAAAGUGUAGCACAGCGCUGGAGGUUUUUGUCUUUUGUUCCUCUGCACCGAAGCAAAAACUGUGCAGCAGGGGCGAGCGGUGACAUUGUGUUGUAUCGGUGCCUGUGCAGCACUUGCCACAGAUGCGAUGGGAAUCGCAGCAGUUACAGUGGUUUUAACAAACUGCCGCUUCACGUCAUCAUAAAGUGCCUUUAUGCAACCAGGAAAACAAAAUCAUAAAGGGUUUUGACUUGGUUAUUUGCUGAGUAGGAGUAGAGGUUGGAAGAUCAGUGCUGGCAAAUUUGUUUUUCUGUUUAAUCAAACCCUUAUAAAUAGUGGCAGGCAGCAGGUCUAUGCGUAGUGUGUGUAUAUGAUGGGUGCGUGUGUACAUAUACGUAUAUAUACAGACACAUAUGAACAUGUGUGUGUGAAUAUAGACAUAGAGAGAUAUACAUAAAUGUAAUAUCAACCCUCUGGUAAUUUUACAGCCUUCCACCUCCCCUGGGAAAACUCGCCUGGUCCAGGACUAUGGCUGACCUCAUCCUGGAGCAGUUUUUUGGGCUUCCAGCCUCCAGUCCCACCUGGGGAACUGGCAGAUUUCACACACUUGCUCGGGGGGCUUAGCAGAAGAUCUGGUUUCAGUUGGGACAGGACCAGGACAGUAGCAGGAAGUUUUUCACUAGUUCAUGGGGACCUUUUUGAGUUAAGCUUGGUUCUAGGGUGGUUUUCGUGCAGCUACAGGAAUCUGGGGGCAUGUUAAAACCAAGCUGCUGAGUUCCAAGGCUCCUGCUAGGGCUGAGGAUGUGCUUUGUCAGGGUGGUUUCAUCCCAUGUCUCUUGCAUAGCUGCGGGGUUGUGGCUUUGUACCCCUCCAGUAACAACAAAUAGAAAUAAAACCUCAUCAAUGGGAGAGCAGGGAGCAUCUCCUGCCAAAUAGUAGAGGAUGAAAGCAGGCACUGCCCUACUCUGCCACAUCUCAGAGCAGGUCUCAUCCCUGGGAUGUUCCCAAGAUGCCUGUGGCUUGGCAGAUGCUCUUGCAAGCCCCCCAAGAGUCCAGUGGUUGAUUCACCACCAGGGAGAACCCAAAUCAGCAGAGCCUUCAAGAUCAAACCUAACGUGAAAGAAGUAAAUCCUCACCAAACACAGCACCAUCCCUGUGGCGAGCUGUUCCCUCAGGUCCAUUCCAGCCACCCAAAGUCGCAUCCAGGUCCCUGUGUCAGUAUUUCUUAUCCGUGGGAUCUAUAUGACUUCUUGCUGGGCAUCUUUCUCACGUCCCUGAGAUCGGUCCCUGAAAAACUUGAGGACGCUUGUUCCCCAAGUGGCUGGGUCCUUUGGCCAGUCUUGGGAACGGGCAGAGAAUUUGGGUAUGGCCUUCUGCCCCUGGGAACCUCGACUGAGCUGUGCCGUGCCGUUAGAGAACAGUGCCGGCAGCAAAAAAAAAAAAAAAAAAAAAGUAGGAUUAAAAAGAAAUGAAAGAAACAUCCUAUGAGGUAUCCAGCUGUAAAUAUUCACUAUGGCUUUGCAGAACAGUCUGGGGAAGAUUUUCAGGCUUGUUCCUAGUCCUGCUGAAGGCAUCGGUAAAAUGCCUGGAGUGCUGCCUGUUGUCGUUAGAGAUCUUCCUCUUGAAAAAGGGCAACCGCAUCCAGGAGGAGGAUCACUGUACUCCCCACCAGCGAUGGUGAGGAGUAACACACAUCUGUCGCGUGGAGGGACGGCCUUUCUGCUGUGAAUUUUGAAUGAAAGGCUCAGGAAGUUCACACCGCGGCGGUGGGGAGGCAAGCAUAUCCGGGCGUGCUGUUGGUCCCCGUCCCACGUGAGGGGACGUGCUGUCCUCCUGGGCUGGGCUGCACUGGCAAAUGCAGGAGAGGCUGUUUGCUGACGGUGAUGCUACUAUGAAUAUAAAUGCACACAGGUCCACAGGCCAGGGCUGCUGGGGAGGAAAGCAGAGGUGCCGCUGGGUGGAAAUUUGCUCCCUAGUAAUUACAGCUGUCCAGGGCACAAGCUCGUCCUCCACAUCGACGUGACUUCUCGUUUAUCACCAGCCCUGUGUCCCAUGGGAAAGAGUGUGUAUUUAAAGUCACGCUCCCAAGGGAAGGAUGGGAAACUCUGAGGAAAGCGGUGGUUGGAUGUUGCUCUUUUUUUCUGAUUCCUCUGAAAUGAGCAGCUCUAUCACAGCCCCGGAUAAAUUUCUCCUUCUCAUGCAACGCCGGCAGGCGCUGUGCUGUGCAGCAGUUUGGAUUUUGGAUUUCUCCUGCCCAUACCAGCGACACCUCCCUCAGACCCAGACAUGGCUUGAGCAUUUCCUGAUGACUCAGAUCAGCCCCUCAGCUCCCGAUGACUUGUAGAUUUACCGGCAAGUCAUCAAAUGCAGGGAUGCCUCCCUGGCUCUUGCCUCAGGAAAUCAUCCUGGCCUCACCAUUGGGAAAAGAGCAGGGGGCAGGUUUUAAGCCAGAAACCCCAGAACCUGAUCACGGGGACCUGACUGAAUCAUUAAAUCCACUUUAUAUAGCAGAGCUAUACCCCCUUCCCCAACAAUAUAGCUGGUCAGUGCCCAACGGGAGCAGAUCCCUGGGCUCCAUGGCUGCAGGUUCAGAGACACUUAGAGCAACAGAGCUGGAAAAGCUUCUCCCCCAACUUGCCACCAUCAAAUGCUUCCUUAAUGGUUAACGUGAACCCCCCCCUCGCUGCAACUCCUGUCAUCUCCUCUCCUCAGCAGCCACGGAGAACAUCUCAUGCCUUUAAUGGCUGCAGAAGCUUUUGGGUGUUUGAAGGCUGGUUUCACCCUCCUCAAGUCUGCUUUAAGCUAAACAACUCCAGUCUUAUCAACCUUUCUCCAAGGGCUGCUUUUCUAGCGUGCUUUUUCUUGGUGUCUUUCAACCACCACCAGCCAGUCCACAUCUUCCCAGGAGUCUGGCAUUACAGGUCCUUGGGCCACCUUCCCACUCUGCUCCUCUUCAUGUGCCCAUCUGCCACCCGGGCCCUCCCCAGAACCCCACCUUCUGCAGGCACUGGGAUUGCUCCCCCUCUUCACAUGCGUGUUUGUACAGUCAGGAUCUUCCUGCCCUCCUUCAAACUGCCUUUUUAUUCUCACACCACAGACCCAGUGCACCGAGGGGGGGAGGGGGUUUGAACGAGCUGUCAGCCCCGCAGCAGAUUUGCAGAGGGUAACCCCCCUCUCAGCCAUCCUUCGAGCCAGCCCUGCUGAUCUGUCAGACUUGAAAUACUUCCUUGCAUAAAAUGCUCCGCAGAUGGGAGCUGUUCUUGCUCUCCCAUGUUUUCCAAGAGUUUUGACAGGGACAGAAGCACAAAGGCACAUUCCCGGCACGAUUGCUUCGGUGUCAUGGGCUGCCUGGGAGAGAUGCAAAGUUGCCAGCCUGGAGAACACCACUGACUCCUCUGACCCUGGGGAGGAGGGACCCCAGUCCUCCCAGAUCCCAUCUGAGCCGCACGCAGGAGCCAGCAUGAGUCAGACAGCCCUGAAAUAUAAAGGUUGUUUAUUAUUAUUAUUAUUAUUAUUAUUAUUAUUAUUAUUAUUAUUAUUAUUAUUAUUAUUAUUAUUAUUAUUAUUAUUAUUAUUAUUAUUAUUAUUAUUAUUAUUAUUAUUAUUAUGUAUACUAAGUUGCUCACUUCCCCCCAUCCUCCUCCACCCUCUGGCCUCUAAAGCCUUUAAGAUACUGUGUCUUUCCAACAAGUCACUGCCACAAAAGCCACCAACAUGCAUUAAUGUCUCUGCAGGAGCGACUCCGUUCAGGGCAGGAGCAGAAAAUCCUCUCUUUAUCAUGUCAGUUUGAAAAGGGUAGAGAGCAAAAUAAGCACAACCACAAGCAAAAAACCCACCACAAUUACAAACUAAACCAGCAUCUCGAGGAAUUUCAAUUAGACGACAGGCAGCAUCAGCCACAGAAGAAACACCAGUAGCAUAAUUAACACUUUGCUCUUUUUUUUUAACAGAUAAGUAGUUUUGUUCACACGCAAGACGGGUUUAGCUUUGUAGCUGAACUAAUUGUAAAUGUUGACUCUCUUGCUAAACUUGGUCAGAUAAAGUGCCCACACUUAUAUUUCUGUUCUUACCAUUCAGGGCCACGAAUGUCCCACGUAAAAGCCCGAUUACCUUGUUGCUUGCAUUGCAUUCCACUGGGAAAUACUUGAAUUUAACUCAAGGCCAUAACCAGUCUGUGCUGUUAUGAAGUUUCUGGGGUCGUUAUUUUUUUUUGUUGCUCAUUUUUUUUUAUGUACUGACUGUAUUUGUACUAGAAAUGUUUUGAGUAUGAGGUUGAAUCUGUAAUUUUCAGUGUAAAUGUUACAUCUGGACUGUAGUUAGAAUAUUAAACACUGGUCAAAAGAGAAAGAUACAGCAGUCCAACUCUUCAACUGGCUAUUCCACAUCCAUUACUAAUAAAACAGAAUAAAACUUACAUUUUGUUACAGUA